AUGGGACUGUGGUCAUUUUGGAGUUUUUCGUUUUUGGCUUUGCUGUACCCCUUUCACCUCAAGUUUGGGGCUCAGGCGGAAAUAAGUUCUCCCAGAGCAAACGACAGAUUUUAUCGCCUGGAGGUAACGCCGCUGGAAGCACGUGCAACCCGAAAAUCAACCGCGGUCAAAGUGGACAACAGUGCAAAAGUUUUAAGCGCGUUUGAAUCACAAGCAGGUGAUGCUUUGGAGCCGAACAAUGGCAAGCAAGUGGGGAAUGAAACCCAGGGCGGAAUUGAAGCACUGAUCGGCGACAAAACGGCACCAAACUGUCCUAAAAUAGCUGGUAAAAAGUGUGGUAACACUUCCGAAGACAACCAAAGCCAACAUACAGCGAUUAAAAUGUUAGAAAACACGUUUCUUGACACAAGAAAGAAGGUAAAAAGGAGUGUGGGCUCCUCGUACGCCGAAAAUGUGGAUAGGAGUAUAAAUGGAGAAAGGUUUAUGGAGGCUGUCCAAGGUGUUUCCAACUCUAGACCCGAGUACCGGCGCACCGGGGAGGACGCCAGAGGGUCUAACCCGAGGCAGAGUGAGCCGCACCUGGACACUUCUACUUUUGCUCUAUCGGGAGACUCCGCGCACAACCAGGCGAUGGUGCACUGGUCCGGGCACAACAGCAGCGUGAUCCUGAUCUUGACAAAGCUUUAUGACUUCAACCUGGGGGCUGUUACUGAGAGCUCACUCUGGAGAUCCUCUGAUUAUGGAAGCACCUACACCAAACUCAACGACAAAGUGGGCUCAAGGACAGUUUUAAGUUACCUGUACGUCUGCCCGACCAACAAACAGAAGAUAAUGAUGCUUAGCGACCCAGAGGUAGAGAGCGCUGUUCUCAUCAGUUCAGAUGAAGGGGCAAGCUUUGAGAAGUAUCCCAUUAACUUCAAUAUCCUGAGCCUGCUCUUCCACCCUGCACAGGAGAACUGGAUACUGGCCUACAGUCAUGACAGCAAGCUGUACAGCUCAAUGGACUUUGGAAGGAAGUGGCAGCUUGUCCAUGACAACGUGAUGCCAGGCCGGUUCUACUGGGCGGUAAUGGGGCUGGACAGAGAAUCAGAUGUGGUCCACAUCGAGACGCGCAUCGCGAAAGGCCGCGCUCAGUACGUGAAAUGCAGAGCACAGCGCUGCACAGAAGGCAGCAGACUGUACCCCUUUCUUGGACAUGUUGACACCAACUCACUGGUCGUGCAGGAUGAAUACGUUUUCACACAGGUAACCAAAUCAGGACGAGCCAGCUACUUCGUCUCCUACAUGAGAGAGUCCUUCAAGAGGAUGAAGUUACCUAAAUAUUGUCUUCCAAAGGAUAUGCAUAUCAUCAGCACAGAUGAGAAACAGGUAUUUGCUGCAGUCCAGGAGUGGAAUCAGAACAACACUUACAGUCUGUACAUCUCAGAUUCCCCGGGGGUCUACUUUACCCUUUCAUUAGAGAACCUGAGAACCAGCAGAGGACCUGCCGGUAACCUUCUGGUUGACUUUUAUAAGGUCGAGGGGAUAAACGGCAUGUAUCUCGCCAACAAACUGCUGGAUGGCCAUGUCAAGACUUUCAUCACAUACAACAAGGGACAAACAUGGGCGCUGCUGCCAGCUCCUGCCACUGAUGUUGCUGGAAAUGACCUUCGCUGCAUUCUGCCAUUUUGUUCGCUGCAUCUUCAUCUGGAGAUGUCGGAGAAUCCCUACACGUCCGGGCCCAUCACCAGCAAGAAGUCGGUGCCAGGAAUCAUUGUGGCUACAGGGAAUAUCGGAACAGAGUUGUCCUCCACCAACCUUGGGAUGUUUAUAACAUCUGAUGCAGGAAAUAGCUGGAGACAGAUUUUUGAUGAAGAGCACAACGUUUGGUUUCUUGACAAUGGAGGGGCUUUGCUGGCAGUGUUGCACGCAGCUACGCCUAUUCGCCACUUAUGGAUCAGUCUAGACGAAGGAAAAAAAUGGGACCGUCACAGUUUCUCCUUGGCACCGCUGUAUGUGGAUGGAGUUUUAAUGGAGCCCGAAUCUGACAAUCACAUUAUCACUUUCUUUGGACACUUUAGUCAUCGGUCAGAGUGGCAGCUGAUCAAGAUCGACUACAAGGGCCUCUUUAGCAGGAGAUGCAUGGAUGGAGAUUACCAGACGUGGCACCUGCACAACAAGGGAGAGCUGUGUGUGAUGGGUGAGAAGCAGAUCUAUAUGAAGCGCAGGCCAGGCAACCGUUGCAUGCUGGCCCAGGACUAUUCGAGGAUCUAUUCCUCAGAGCCAUGCCUCUGCACAGCCUAUGAUUUUGAAUGUGAUUAUGGGUGGGAACGCCAGACGGACGGGAAGUGCUCCCCUGCUUUUUGGUUUAAUCCAAACGGUGCGGCUAAAAGCUGCAGCACCAGCCAAAGCUUUCUUAACAGCACAGGGUAUCGUAAAGUUUUGUCCAAUAACUGUAAGGAGGGAGGGAGGAACGUGUACUCGCCUAGGAGACAGGCUUGUCGUCCUAGACCACCACGAGGGCUCCGGCUGUCCACCAGUCAAGGAGAGCUCAGUGCCGCUGUCGGAAGCAACGUCACUUUCAUGAUCUACCUUGAUGAUGGAGACUCACUGAGGACCAGCAUCCAGCUAGACUUCGGGGACGGCAUCAAGAUCACAUACUCUAACCUGAGCAGGACUGAUGAUGGCAUCAACCACAUCUACAGAGCAACUGGGAUUUACCGAGUGACAGCUUCUGCUGAGAACAACCAGGGAUCUGACAGCAGCACACUGUUUUUACACAUCACCAGUCCAGUGGAGCGUGUAUACCUCACUGCUCCUAUUGUAGCCAUUGGGGGGAAGGAGGUUAAUCUGACCGCGUUGGUUUGGCCAAGUCACACCAGAACACUGACCUUCUUCUGGUGGUUUGCCAACAGCUCUGAGCCCAUUAUAACCUUGGAGGGAAGCAUCUCAUACACAUUUCACAGAGAAGGAAAAAACAAGGUCACGGUCCAGGUUGCUUCUGGGAGCACCAUAAUGCAGGAUUCCAAAGUUAUAACUGUUAAAGAGUUCUUCAGGUCGCUGCUGUUGUCGUUCUCACCAGCUCUUGAUGAGCAUAACCCUGACAUCCCUGAGUGGAGGGAGGACAUAGGGCGUGUGGUGCGGACAGCUUUGUCACAGGUGUCUGGGGUUCCUGAAGAUCAGCUGCUGGUCGCUUUGUAUCCUGGACUUCCAUCUACAGCAGAGCUCUUCAUCCUGCCUGAUGAGCACACAUCAAGAGAGCACAAGAGAGGAAGUGAGGAGGCUUUAGAGACGAUAUCAGAUAUUUUUGUCACUGCCCUGAACCAAGGCCUAAUCCAGUUUGAGCUGAAAGCGGAUAUUCGCAUUAUUGUGUACAUGACUCAGCAAACUUUGGCACCACUUGUGGAUUCAAACUCCAUUCACAGUGGGUCGGCCAUGCUGAUGCUGCUAACCGUGGUGUUUGUUGGUUUAGUGGCAUUCUUCAUCUACAAGUUCAAGAGGAAAAUCCCUUGGAUUCAUGUUCAGACUGAGGACAGUCAUGAGAAGGAGCCCGAGGUGAUCAGUACAGUCGGACAGAACGAGAACAUGUCCAAGGUCAAGCUCAGUGAGUUUCCCACUCCGAAAGAACUCAUGGAAAAGGAGCUGGAGGCCAGGAGCAGAGGAGGAAUCGGAAGAAAUAUGGAGCGAAUUGUUACAAGGGAGUUUCCAAACUGUACUAAUGUCUGA